AUGUCUUUAGAGGCUUAUAUUGACAUAAGAUUUGGUGAUCCUGUCAUCAGCCUUUCACUAAACUAUGAAGGUCUGGUAUACGGCAGCAUGAUGGGCCGCUUGCUUUAUUACAAUUUUUACACAAAAGAAGAAAGAGUGAUAAAUGAGCUCAGCGAAGAGUACAUCCCAGGAGUGUGACUGUCAUAUGAUAACGUUCUUUACGCAGCUAUAGGCGACCAAAAAGCAAUGAUAGUUGUAAAUCCUGACGCUCCCAGGUUCCAAAAGCAAUACGUUCUCCAUGAAAAGCUCCACAACUCAGUCAACUGCGAAUUAACUCAGGUUCAGAUGCACCACGACACUGUUUGCUUGUUUACGCUUGACCCUCCUAAAGAAGACAUGCAAGAAGAAUUUGUCCAAUCUGUUCUACCUAUUUACCUUAAUCACCUCUCUACACAAAUUCAAGAGCACAUUGAAGGAAUUAGGUUCCCAGCCUAUACCAUGCCAUUUGAUUUUGACGGUAACUGUCUUCUGUAUAUGGAAUGGGAACAAAGCGGCUUAAGAACUUUGAAAAUGUUCUACAUGACGCCAAAUCCAAGACUUGUCCAAGUAAGUUCUUUUGACAAAUCUUAUGGAAAAGUGUCCUUUGCAAGAUUUUUGAAUGACUCCAUUGUAUAUGUCCACAAGAGAAAGACACUAAAAAUUUUAGAUAUAAAUUCAGGAGAAGAAAAAGCUACCCUUGGGUCUCAUAGAGCAGAAGUUGUUGCCUUAUCUGUGGUUACUUUACAAAAAGUCCAGCCUCCGAAUGUAAAAAUUAUUUAGCAAAGGAGAAAUCAUAGAGGAAGGCUUGAUGAUGCAAUGUAUGAAAACUCAAAUGAAGAAAUAGAAGAGAGUGUCCAUGAGUCCCAGAUAGAAAACUUAAAAACUGUAGUAAUUUCAGCUGACUCUUCAGGAUGCAUUUGUGUGUGGGAAAGCACAAGUGUUAUUGACAUCAUAAAAAUCAGCGAGCUACCCCAGCUGACCCCUCAAUAUCAAAAAAAGCAGUAUUUUUCGAUGGGAUACCCCUACACAAUUCAAGCAUUUGGCCCUCGCAUUGCGAUUUCUACUGACUUAGGAGUUUUAGUUAUAAAAUCAAAAGCAUUGGAAUCAAUCCAAUAUAAUUGCUAACCUCCCCUAACGUGAGUUUACAAAAAAAUUUUGCAUGCUUACUGUUGGUGUUUUUUGUUGUUGUUGAUAAAUUUUGUUGUAAAAAUUAAAAAAACAUCCAAUUCGAAAUAAAUUUUAAAGCAAAUGUUUAUUUAAAUUUGUUAUAUUUAUGUUUUAAAGCAAGCUGUUUAAAAUUAACAGAUUAGCUAGAGAUUUCAUUAUGCUAAUUAUCUCAUAUACAUCAAAAUAUUUUUCAUAAAGAAUUUUUGUCCCUCACGAAAGAUGAGUUUUUUCCCCCAAAAAUAGCUCACAGAGGAGGGGAGUAA